AAUUUAAUACAAAACAUCCAAUCAACCGCAGAUUCCAUCGAUCAAAUGCUAGCCACAAUCGCGCGCCGGCCCCAUCUCAGCCGUCCAUCGUUCUCCUUCACCCACCCACUUCACUGUAUUAAUCAAUCAAUCCCUCCUCUUCCCUUCUCACCUCAAAUUCUCAACCACCUCCGCUGCACGCUCGCCGCCAGAAUGGAGGCCAUUGGGGUUCUGAUGAUGUGUCCGAUGAACAACUACUUAGAGGAAGAGCUCAACAAGCGGUUCAACCUUUUUAGAUACUGGAAGCAGCCGCGUCCGAGUGAGUUCCUGACUCAGCACGCCCAGUCGAUCCGCGCCGUGGUUGGGAACGCCACCGCGGGGGCCGACGCCAAGCUGAUUGAGGCGCUGCCGAAGCUGGAAAUAGUUUCGAGUUUUAGUGUGGGAUUGGAUAAGAUUGACCUGACCAAGUGUAAGGAGAAGGGGAUUAGGGUUACCAACACUCCCGAUGUGCUGACUGAUGAUGUGGCGGAUUUGGCAAUCGGGUUGAUGCUGGCGGUUCUGAGGAGGAUUUGUGAAUGUGAUAAGUAUGUGAGGAGAGGGGAGUGGAAAUUUGGUGACUUCAAGCUCACUUCUAAGUUCAGUGGCAAAAGAGUUGGUAUCAUAGGAUUGGGCAGAAUUGGAUUAGCCGUUGCUAAGCGAGCAGAGGCAUUUGACUGUCCCAUCAGUUACUACUCAAGAUCCCAAAAAAAUACAAACUACAAAUACUAUGGCAGCGUUGUGGAAUUGGCUUCAAACUGUGACAUCCUAGUUGUAGCAUGUGCACUAACGCCUGAAACAACACAUAUUGUGAAUCGAGAAGUGAUGGAUGCAUUGGGUCCAAGUGGAGUUCUCAUCAACAUUGGAAGGGGACCCCAUGUCGAUGAACCCGAAUUAGUCUCAGCUCUUGUGGAGGGUCGUCUUGGUGGUGCUGGACUUGAUGUGUUCGAAAAGGAGCCUGAAGUGCCGGAGCAACUCUUUGGCCUUGAGAAUGUUGUCCUAUUGCCUCACGUAGGGAGCGGCACAGUUGAAACACGCAAGGACAUGGCUGACCUUGUUCUCAGGAAUUUGGAGGCGCACUUUGCCAACAAGCCGCUAUUGACUCCUGUCGUUUGAUUAUGUUGUGACAGCUUGAAAACUAUGGAUCCUAUUCAUUCAGAAGACCUCAUGUUUGAUAUAACAGUUGUUAGAGACCUUUCGAGUAUUAAUGAUGAAAUUUUUGCCUCAUUGAACUUGAAAACAACAAUGAUAAUUUCAUAUCUAUGGUGUGAAGAGACCUUCAACCAUUUACUGCCUCCCUAGUCCCAGUUCUUGUACAUUCAUAAAAGCAUCCUGUGAACAGAUGAUGUAAUAUACGUUGAUAAAUUUAUGCACCUGGCUUCGAUUUUGAGA